AUGUCUCCCACUCGCCCGAGAGACUCCCUCAUUUCCCGAUUACAGAUACAGUCGACACAAAUUCCGAAGGCGUGGAUCAGCCCCAUAUGUGGUGCCGGUGCCGGUUUUGCAAGCGGCAUCAUAACAUGUCCUCUCGAUGUGAUAAAGACUAAACUGCAAGCCCAAGGCGGCUUCGUAUCCAAAAAAUCAAUGUCGCAUACGAAUCAUCUCUACAAGGGCAUUGUGGGCACUACUCGUGUGAUCUGGCGGGAAGAAGGAAUACGCGGGAUGUACAGGGGUCUGGGCCCCAUGUUGCUUGGCUAUCUACCCACCUGGGCGGUGUACCUGACCGUCUAUGAGAAGACACGCGAGUUUUAUUACGAUCGGUGUGGCAGUUGGUGGGUGGCUCGGUGCUACUCGUCGCUCACCGCUGGCGCAUGUUCGACGAUUCUGACGAAUCCAAUUUGGGUCAUCAAAACCCGAUUGAUGUCACAGAGCACCAAAGCUGCUAGCGACGGCAUGCGCGCUCCAUGGCACUACACGUCGACCUUAGAUGCGGCGAGGAAGAUGUAUCAGACCGAAGGAAUCUUAUCCUUCUACUCCGGACUCACACCCGCCCUUCUUGGCUUGACCCAUGUUGCCGUUCAAUUUCCACUGUACGAAUAUUUUAAGAUGAAGUUCACCGGCUUUGGCAUGGGCGAACAUCCAGCUGAAGACAGCGGUGCAAACUGGAUUGGGAUCUCAGCAGCCACGUUCCUGAGCAAAAUCUGCGCCAGCACUGCAACAUAUCCACACGAAGUCCUACGGACUCGCCUUCAGACCCAGCAACGAACGUCCGGUAUUUCAACGUCGGACGGGAUGGCCGUCAAAGCAAGAUAUAGCGGCAUCCUCCACAUGUGCAAAGUCAUCCUCCAAGAGGAAGGCUGGCGGGCAUUCUAUGCAGGCAUCGGCACAAAUCUGAUCCGCGCCGUCCCGGCCGCCAUGACUACCAUGCUAACCUACGAAUGGUUACAAAAAUUCAUCCACCGAGCCCAAAUCAAAGGCGAAGAAUUGAAGUGA